AUGGGGGCUCGGUCCUCUGCUCGUCCGCAGCCGACUCGCGGGGCUCGGGGCGCCACGCGGAGGUGCGGCUACACCUCGAGGAUGAGGCGACCGCGGAGCCCAGAGGCUCGGCGUCCACCAGCCGGGGCUCCCUACUCACGCUGCACUGCGAGGAGGCGGCGGCGGAGGAGGCGGCGCCCAGCCCGGCCCCCGCCCAGAGCCCGGCAGCCGCCGAGUGGCCGCCCGCGUCCCCGCAGGACCCGCCUCCUCGGCUCCGCAGAGCCGCACACAGGGCGCGCCGCGCUCAGCACGGGCAGCUCCGCCAGCCUCACGCCGCCGUCCGCAACAGCACGGCGGGCGGGGUGCAGCCCCUUUCGUGAGCACCGCAGCCCGGUCCACUCCGGGCGGGGCCGCGGCCACCCGAGGGCGGACGGCCGAGCACGAGGGAGAUGCGCAAAGCUUCUGGGCAGGGGGCCCGUUUGCACCGGGUGGCCAGCAAGAUUGCCCGGGUAG